GACGUCACGGUCAGCCCACGCCGGGGUUGAAGCUGCCGGGCGCCUUCCUCUUGCAUCGCGGCUGCCACUUGCUUCUGUUCCCGCGCCCGCUUGCACAUCCUCCUGCUCGCGCGGUCCUGCUGCCGUCCGGUGCUCCCCGUAGCCGCUCAGGCAGAGAGGUUUUAAAAUGGAACAUUUCGAUGCGUCACUCAGUACCUAUUUCAAGGCCUUCCUGGGCCCCCGAGAUACUAGAGUCAAAGGAUGGUUCCUCCUGGACAAUUACAUCCCUACGUUUGUCUGUUCUGUUAUUUACUUACUCAUCGUAUGGCUGGGACCAAAAUACAUGAAGAACCGGCAGCCGUUCUCUUGCCGAGGCAUCCUGCAGUUGUAUAACCUUGGACUCACCCUGCUGUCUCUCUACAUGUUCUAUGAGUUGGUGACAGGUGUGUGGGAAGGCAAGUACAACUUUUUCUGUCAGGGAACACGCAGCGCGGGAGAAUCAGAUAUGAAGAUCAUCCGCGUCCUCUGGUGGUACUACUUCUCCAAACUCAUCGAAUUCAUGGACACCUUUUUCUUCAUCCUUCGCAAGAACAACCACCAGAUCACCGUGCUCCAUGUCUACCACCACGCUACCAUGCUCAACAUCUGGUGGUUUGUGAUGAACUGGGUUCCCUGCGGCCAUUCGUAUUUUGGUGCGACACUCAACAGCUUCAUCCAUGUCCUCAUGUACUCGUACUAUGGCCUGUCCUCCAUCCCGUCCAUGCGUCCCUACCUCUGGUGGAAAAAGUACAUCACUCAAGGGCAGCUGGUCCAGUUUGUGCUGACGAUCAUCCAGACGAGCUGCGGGGUCUUCUGGCCAUGCUCCUUCCCUCUCGGGUGGCUGUUCUUCCAGAUUGGAUACAUGAUCUCCCUGAUUGCUCUCUUCACAAACUUCUACAUUCAGACUUACAACAAGAAAGGGGCCUCUCGGAGGAAAGAACACCUGAAGGGCCACCAGAACGGGUCUGUGACCGCCGUCAACGGACACACCAACAGCUUCCCUUCCCUGGAAAACAGCGUGAAGCCCAGGAAGCAGCGAAAGGAUUGACAAGCCGAGCCGAAGCCUCCAGACCGCGGCGUGUGAUUGUAAGCACAGCGUGACUUGUGUGCCCUGACGCUCAUAGCAGCUGCUGUCACUAGUCUGGCCCUACUAUCUGCAGUGUGACUCAUGUAGGACCUUCUUCAUCAGUUCAAAACCCCUAGAAUAUGUAUACAGAUUAUACAAAGUAGGCAUACGAUUUUCUCACAUUUCUGGGCUCUCAUCGACCCCCGCGCUAGACUGUGGAAAGGGAAUGUUCUUGUAGUAUACGACACUGCUGCUGCCUUAUUAGUUGUAACACGAUAGGUGCUGAAUUGUGGUUCACAAUUUAAAACACUGUAAUCCAAACUUUUUUUUUUUUUUUAACUGUAGACCAUGCAUGUGAUUGUAAAUUUGUACAAUGUUGUUAACAGUAGAAAAACACACAUGCCUUAAGACUUAAAAAGCAGGGCCCAGAGCUUGUUAGUUUAAUUAGGGUAUGUUUCAACUUUGUAUUAUUCAUUUGUAAUAGCUCUGUUUAGAAAAAUCAAAUGUAUGAUUUAUGAAACAAGUGUGUGAUGUGUGACUUCAAGUGACUUGGAGAUGCGAAAUCUGAUGGCACCUUUGGUUUUAUAACGCUGGCUUUAAAUAAGCAGGCUCAAGUCUAGUGGAACAGUCAGUUUAACUUUUUAACAGAUCUUAUUUUUUUAUUUUGAGUGCCACUAUUAAUGUGUUUAAAAAGGUGGGGAAAGGGUCCAAAGCGUCUGGAGACACUUACGUACCUGCCCCUGGUCCCCCAGAGGCUAGGGUGACUAUAAGAGUAGGUCACUUUUCACUUCUGAAGUGCUUAGUGUUUUUAUACAGGAGAUAAAAAGGCCAUCCGACUUCCCACCACUUGGAGAGAGAGAACUACCUUUCAGGAAAGGUGACGAGACAUUUAUUAUGUGACAGACACACACACACACACACACACACACACACACACACACAGAGUGAUGAGGGACUGGUUACCUGGGUCCACAUUUUUUUUAUUCUUUUCUGUAGUGCUACUUUGACAUACACUUCCUUUUAAAAUGUGCCUAAUUUACCAAGAGACCAGGAAGCACCAUAAGCGUUUUGAGGUAAAAUUUAAGAGCUGGAGCAGGCGGGAGCUGGGUGCUUGGGAGCAGCCGCUUUAUUCAGUGUGAAUCAUGGUGGGCAUCUGUAAUUUUUUUCUGCUUAGCACCUAAAGAUCGGUUUAAAGCGCUUGUUUUAAAAGUAACAGAUGGCUUAUCCUAAAAUCGUGUCUAGUGCGCUCGAGGCCUCGGUCAUACAAAUGGGGACUCUUUUCACGUGUGUCAUUUUUAAAGUGUUGAAAGUUUAGCCUUUGAAUACCUUCUGCAUUGGUAAAAAAACAAAUCCAUGGAACCACUCAUGACACAUCUUAGGAGAUGAUUGACAAUGUAUAAACUAAUUGUGGGUUUGAUAUUUAUGUAAAUACCAGUUUACCAUGCUUUAAUUUUGCACAUUCAUAUUACAAGGAGCCAGUGGGUCCUAAUUAGCCUUGUGGGUUUUCUGUUUGGAAGGAGUUGCUGCAUCUGUUUACAUUUCCCUUGUCAGAUCUAGAAUGUGUGUAUGUGUGUGUCUUCUCCCUAGGUACCCGUCCGCAGGUGUCUUUACAUAUCUCAAUACAAAAAGUAUAACAUUCGAUAGUGUGCUGUCAAAGUGUGCUUAGCUCAUCUGGAUAUACCCACACUGUUAAAUAAUGUCUAAACAUUAAUCAUUAAAACCUUUUUGAUUACCCGU